AUGCAGGGAGCAAAGAAAGCCGGAGAGACCAUUAAGGAAACAGCUGCCAACAUUGGUGCUUCUGCCAAAUCUGGCAUGGAGAAGACCAAAGCAACCGUUCAAGAAAAGACGGAGAAGAUGAGCGCACGUGAUCCUGUACAAAAAGAGGCAGCAACCCAAAAGAAAGAGGCAAAGCAGAACCAGGCAGAGCUAGAUAAGCAGAUGGCGCGUGAACACAACGCGGCAGUUAAAGAAUCUACCACGGCAGCCCAAAUGGGCCAGGCCCACCACAACACGGGGACUGGAACCACCACAUACCCUACCACGGGGACUUAUGGACAGCCCAUGGGGGGCCACUAUAGCACGGGGACCGGAACCGGGACCGGAACCGGGACCGGAACCGGGACAUACUCUACGACAGGAAAUCAUGAACAUCACACUGGGGCCCAUGAGGUGUCAGCCAUACCUGGACAUCCGAGUGACCAUGUGAGAGAGGGAGUGGUGGGCACGCACACUAUUGGUACCCAUAGAAGCACAGACGGGACUGCUACGGCCCAUAAUACCCGGGUUGGUGGAAAUCCAAAUGCCACAGAGUAUACAACUGGUGGUACUUACAAGUGA